AAGAAGUUUAGCAGUUAAGAUUUUCAAGAAAAUGUGUUGUCAUGUUGUAUAACGAGCAUUUCAUUAAGGACGCGUCAUGUGUUAUUUCGCAAUUUCUCAUCACCCCGAAAAUGCUUGUUUAUGUUUUGAAUUUGUGUUCUGCUGACAUUUUAACUUAGUUUUGAAGCCCUUACCUUUAAUGAAAUGGACAGCGACGAUUCAGAUUAUUACGCCCCCGCCACAGCAUUCCCAAUAGAAUCGUUAAAAGGUCAAAACAUUGACUUAAAUGUACCUCCUGCCAAUGGUAUGGAAUACCUGCAGAGGGUUAUGCUUGAAGCCAAACGAUGUGAACAAAUUGUAUCUGUUCCUCCAAAGUUAAGCAAGAAUUCUCAACCAGAUAUCGUUCAGAUGUCACAUUCUGUCGACAAUCCCUUUGUUCAGCCAGAAAUAAAAUCAGUGUCACCGUUCGCUCCAAGUCUAGAAUGGCAAGAAAAGCAAGUUUCUGACUUUUCAAAUUUACGCCAGAAAAUAUCUCAAAGGAAGGCCAGCCGUCAUCCUGGGCCUCAAAUAACACUGCCCUCUAUUUCCGACAAGAAGGGAUGGAAACAACUCUGUUUCGGGAUUCAGUGUGAUGAAGAGUGUGAAAACAGCAGCGGGAGUCCUCCCCUUCUUAGUAUUUUAGUUAAUAUUGGUCAGCCCAUGGUUGACACGCUUCUUAAUUGGCACAGUCAAUGGCUGGAGGAGUGUAAUCACAUUACCCAUCUCCAUGGCCAGUGGAUCUUUGCUUUGCUGUCGUGCUUGGAGUUGCCUUUGCAUCCAGACACUUGUAGCACUUUACGAUAUAUUGCUAGAAUUUGUCAGCAAAUACGAAAUUCUAUGGUUGAACCAGAGGCAAGUCAAUUAGCUGCUGUUAAUUUGCUAAUAUGUUUAGUGGGGAGAUAUUUUAGUCAGUCUGAUCUAGUUGAUUAAACUGCAAUUGAUAAUUGUUAAGAUUUUAAUUACUUUUACAACUAAUGUUUAGCAAACAAAUUCACAAAUAUAAUUUUAUUUUUAUGAACCUAUAGAUGAAUUGGAUGCAAAAAAAAAUGAAAUAAAAAGUCUAAAUGUGGAAAAAAACUAA